UUGACCUAUUUGGUUUUUUUUGUUCACCGUCCGAUCAAAUUUUGAGAACAAUGAUACACAUUCAAAGCACUCAUUCUUCCUGGCUCUAAAUCCCUCAAGGAUGCGCAUUCUAAAAGUCAAUAACAUUCUAUUUGUACGCAUAAAGCAGUCGUAUUUCCUUGCGUUUAUCUUCUUCCCUAGGAAGACAAAUUUCUCAGAAUUCCAGAGAAACUGGUUAGCAACUGAGAUAGGUAAAGUGGGGGUCCUCCAUGGAUUGCGAUGCCUCAUUCUGAGGCUCCCCAUUUCAACUCGCAUCUGCUCUUCUGACCAGCUCUAAUUCCAAUCAAGUUCUUGCAUUCAAUUCCUCUAUUGUUGUUCAUCUGAGCAUUUGACUAAUAAGGAAUACCAAAGCUGCAGACCAUUAUAUGAGGCUAGAAAGUCUUCCUUCCUUGCUGUUAAACCCUGAAGACAUGGUAGAAGGACAUUCUUGUUUGGUUUCAAGUUGGGCUUGUGUGGGUUACUUGCUCGAUGGCAAUGGAAAAAGGACGAUGGAUGAUAAUAACAAUCACGAGGACGAACAUUCUCUUAGGAAAUUUCGCAAACAACGCGUCACUCAUGACAUGGUGGACACAUCUCUAACCUUGGGCAUUGCUUUUGCUACAUCCCAAGCUGUAGAUUACCGUAUCUAUGAUUUCAAAGCUGAUGAUGGGACGCGCAUGGUUGUAGUGCAAGGUAGUAACCAGCAAUCUGAUGGGGCAAAUUCUGACACUAGUAGUCUCAUUCCAGGAAUUGGUCAAGACAACUCCAUUAGCUGUCUCAUUCGUUGUUCAAGAUCUGAUUAUGGCAGCAUUUCUGCUCUGAACAGGAGCUUUCGCUCUUUAAUUAGGAGCGGCGAGCUCUACAGGCUGAGAAGAUUGAAUGGUAUAGUUGAGCAUUGGGUUUAUUUUUCCUGCAACAUGUUGGAAUGGGAAGCUUUUGAUCCCAGUCGCCGCCAUUGGAUGCGUCUCCCAACAAUGAACUCUAAUGAAUGUUUUGUGUUCUCAGACAAGGAAUCUCUGGCUGUGGGCACAGAGCUUCUUGUGUUUGGGAAGGAAAUCCUGACCCAAGUCAUCUACCGAUACAGCCUAUCCACGAAUUCAUGGUCCUCGGGCAUGACUAUGAAUGAGCCACGGUGUCUGUUUGGUUCUGCCUGCCAAGGGGAGAUUGCUAUCUUGGCUGGUGGCUGUGACUUGGCAGGUAAGAUCCUCUGCUCAGCCGAGCUUUACAAUUCUGAGACCGGAGUUUGGAAGCCAUUGCCAAACAUGAACAAGACACGGAAGAUGUGUUCUGCCGUGUUCAUGGAUGGGAAAUUCUACGUGGUCGGUGGCAUUGGUGGGCCCCAGGCGGAACUCUUGACGUGCGGGGAGGAGUACGAUCUUGAGAAGAACACUUGGACUGAAAUACCAAAUAUGUCCCCUCCUCGCGCCAGGGAAAACGGCUUGCCCACCACAUCUGAAGCACCCCCUCUGAUUGCAGUGGUCAACAACCAGCUGUACGCCGCAGAUUACGCCGGCAGUGUGGUGAGGAAGUAUGACAAGGAGAACAGAGAGUGGCUUACCAUUGGAAGGUUGCCAGAACGCGCGGAUUCCAUGAAUGGUUGGGGAUUGGCCUUUAGGGCAUGUGGGGAUAGGCUCAUUGUGAUCGGAGGGCCUAGGGCUACAAGCCCAGGGUUCAUCGAAGUCAACUCGUGGGUCCCUAGCGAAGGACAACCGCCCCAAUGGCAUUUACUUGGGCGAAAGCAAUCAGGUAGCUUUGUCUAUAACUGUGCUGUGAUGGGUUGCUGAACAUCAUUACUAUUAUUAUUUUUUUCCCCAGCUUUGACAUUUUUCGUUAAAAUUGAGUGAUCUUUGUUCCAUUUGGUACAAAAAACAAACAAAAAAUGCAACAAAAGGAUAGGACAAUAACACGAAGGGGGUGGGAGUGAAAAUACGAUAUAGCAGUUAUCUAUUGAUUGGUUUUCGUCGUUCUUGACUGCUCUUUAUUCUUCCGGGCGCUGCGAUUGGAAAAAAACGGGUACUGCAACAUUAUGUUCAUCUGAAGAUGUACUUACCAGACAAUUUUUUUUAAUUCACUUCUGGGCUUUGUUGUAUAUCCAUUGGUCAUUAAAAUGAUGUCAAUAUGACUGAAUUGAUAUUGUGGGACAUGAAAUUGGUUUGAGGUGCAGUAUCAUUCAUUGGGUCUGUAAUGCAGAGUACAUUACCUGUACAAG